CGAUCGAGCUUCGCAUCCACCGCCAAAACGAUCACGCCGACCACCCUCUCUUCCGCCGAAGCAAGACGCUCCUCCCCCCUACGCAACAUCAACAACCUCUCCACACCCCAGUCUUUUCGUUCCAAGAUGCAUUUGAUGUACACCCUCGACGAGGCGGGCAACCGCGUCUACACCCUCAAGAAGGUGGUUGACGGCAAGGUCACCAAGUCCGCCCACCCUGCGCGUUUCUCCCCCGACGACAAGUGGUCGCGCCAGCGUGUGACGCUGAAGCGCCGCUUCAACCUGCUCCUCACCCAGCAGAAGCCCGAGUAGAUUUGUACAUCACGCAGUCUCGGCGAGCCCAAAACCAAAUCACGAUACCCGGUCGGCCGCGAUACCUUGGCUCGAACACAAUAAACAGUAUGCGUUGAUACCAUUGCGACUUGUGUGGAACGAGGAAGGGGGACACGGCCUGGCGCGGCACAGAGGGUGAGGGAGGAGUGGUGGGAGAGAGAGAGGAAGAGCAACGAUGUCUGGGCUUCGCAAAGCUCAAGACUCGUAGAUACAAAAUCAGGCUCUGGUUCACACAAAAGAAAAAAACGGCGUUGGGGGGGGGAAGGCUUGCAUUCAUGAGGGAAAUCGGAGUCUCAUUACUCGGUCCAUGUUGCGAUAGACGCUCUGCGAUUCGAAAAAAAACAAAAGAACCCUGAGCGGCGCAUCUAAAAUUCAAACCUUGUCUAUUUUUCUUCCCAUUGUCCGUCCAUCCAGUCAUUCCGUUCAUCAUCGAGGCCUUUUCCCCCUCCAUCCCUUCCCCCCCUUUUUGAGAGUUUGUAAUGGUAUCAUAUGAACAUCAGCCUCGGCCUCGCCGCUAUGGCCCCCCUCCUCUCUACUUUUAUCUCCUCUUACGUCCGUUGAUGUUUCUACCCGGACCCAGCCUGACCUUUCCGUUGGCACUUUGCCGGUCACCAGUAAGAAUGCUCGGCAAGUAGUCCUCGUCCAUGAGGUCCCUCCGCCGAGCGCGCUGGUUUUCGCCUACGGCCUUCUCGUACUCCUUCUGGUCCUCUGCAAAAAUGAGGUUCGUGCCCCAGUUGUUCUUGCCUCCGGCGUGCUUGGCAAGCUUGCCGCUGGCCGUGCCGGCCACGGGCUUGGGGAUACUGAAGACGUUGCCUCUCUUGUUCCACUGGAAGUUGCGCUUCAAGUGGAUCUUGAAAGUGCCGUCCUCCUCCGUCGUGCACGAUGUGCGGGUCAGGGUGGCCUGCCCGCAGCUAGGGCAGAACUGUCUGUCCAUCUUCUUGCAGACCUGGAAGCACCCGUGGCAUCGCAGCACCCAGGUCUUGAGCUGGGUGAUGCGAGCCAUGGACGGCGACAACAGGUUGAGGCCAAUUCUCAGGGCGACGUUUUGCAUGGCGUAAUCGGAGGUGAGGAUGCCGACCUUGACAUCGAUGGCGGGGGCCGUCGGCUGGAGCAGCUUGCUGUCCUUCUCCUUGUGCUUCUUGACGUUGGACGGCGUGAUCCAGCCGUCCUCCGAGUCUGACCCUUCGCCCUGCGCCUCGUUGGCGUCGGCGACGCUGGAGACGACGGGCUCGGACGUUGUCUUGUCGUCCACCUCGAGCUUGCUCAAGUCUUGUGUAAUCUCUGCCGCUGCCGCCGCCGCAUCCGCAUCCGCGUCCGCAUUUGCUGCAUCCGACGAAGAGGCUUCCGCCGUCGCAUUCUGCUGGUUUUCGCGCUGCGUCGCUUCGGCGCUCUGUUCAAGAGAGAUGCCCUCGGAUGGCUGGGCCGGCUCGGCAACGGUGUCGCCUACGGUAGAAGGCCCCUCUUGGGAUUCGACCUCGGAACCAGCCUCAGGCUUCGUUUCCGGGGCCUCGCUGCUGCUUGCCGGAGCAUUUGUGCUGGUGUCGUCGACGCGCUGGCCCGGCUCUUUCCUCAGUCUCUGGUCGCCUCCGUUCUUCUCGAGCUCGAGCUCGUAGGUCAGGGCAAGCAGGUGUAAAUCGGGCCUGCUGAGAACCUCGAGGUCACCGGAGCGGCGGGCAAAGUUGGAAACAAACUUGAUGCUGUCGGGGCGGGGGCUGCGGAUCUUGACGAAGGGCAUGAGGGUGGUCUCGACUCGGGUGCGGGUGUUGACGUCGCGGAUUUCGUCGAUGAUGGAGGGGAGCAUGUACAGCUCGUCGGCCUGGGCGAGGAGGGUACUGACGGGGGGGUCGUUCUUGAUCAAUGGGCCGGUAUCGAGGACGAGGGCGUGGAUGGGCUUGCGCUCCUCGGGGGCCGUUGGGCUCGCGACCGCCGGGGCAGCGGCCACGGAAUCAUUUGACAUGAUGGCGGGGAUUUGCGUUUGCAGAUGAGUUCGUGGGUAUGAGGAUAAUUCGGUGCAGAACAGAAUACACAAAAAACCGUGUCAAGGAACCGCAGUCGAAACGCUUUCCGAACCGUAUCCUUGGGCGAGCGAAAAGGCGAUGCGGCGAAUGAUUUUGAGUGCAACGGGAAAUUUCUC